AUGCAUUUUAAAUUGCCAGACAGAUCUCGGGAGCUGAUCUCUCCUCUGGUGGGACCAAGCUCUAGCAAUGCUCUUGUCCUCUCUGGUUCUGGAAUUGGCUCUGCUACUUCUGCCUCUGGGGCUACUCCUGAUCCUUCUGUCCACAUGCCAUCACGUCCCCUGGAGCAGGCAUACCAGCUGGCUCCUUUGGAGAGUGUGAAUCACACUUGCAAUGGCCCCACAACUGCAAUUCCUUCGUUUUCCUUUGCGAUGAAAGGCAACCGGGAGCCUCAGCCUGAGGUCCCGGCUUGGCAACUUUUUGAAGCGAGCAUGUUGCAAGCUUUGAACCCUGACGCUCAGGUUUCAGAUGGCACAGAAGAGGUGGCCCCAAUUCCUGGUUCCAACUCUCCGUGUGUGAUUUCUCGUGGGGAGAGCGCAGGACGUGAAAUUGGCCCGUCCAAUCUACAUGAUCUGGACUUGAUCGAGGAUCCUCCGGGUGAUCUUCCCAUGAGUGCGGAAUUUGGGAAGAUACCCCGGUCCAUGUACGGCGUGUGUGAUGCAGUACAGCCUGCCCCAAAGCCAACUACGAUGGGGUCGGUCGACGUGGAGCAGCUUCAGGACAGCGAGGUCCUGUUCCUCUUUGGAGUAUUUGCUAUCAUGGCCAGGUUGAACCCACGAUAUCAGUUCAAAUAUGGUGGCCUUGGCGGCGAAAGGGUCGGCAUGAAGCUUACCCUGUAUGGCCACACAGUCUUUGCGGAGCCCAACAGUGCCUCGGCCAACGAAGCCAGAGUCUUGGGCUGCAGAAGAGCUCUGGCAAAACUGCGGGAGAAUAACCUGCAGUGGCCAGUACCCCCCGAGCCCAAUUCUGGUUGUCCCACUGGCCCAGAGUGGAACUGGCCGGCACUACUCGAAGAGUUUUGCGAGAAGGAGAACUGGUCAUUCCCUAUUUACAAUCCCACUUUGUAUGGCUCUAACACUGAAAUUGAGUGGCAUUGCGACAUUUCUGUGAAUGGCCGUGUUUUCCGCACGGGUUGUCCAUCUUACAGGCCGGAACAAGCACAGAACACAGCGGCUCACAUUGCCUUGCACACAGUGUUGGUGCAUGCAAAUAUUCCCCCAGAGUUCAUCUUACCAUUUGACGACCCAUCUUUCGAAUUUAAAAAGGCAAGUGGUUUCAAAUUCAAGGAAGAGGCUUCGGCUGACACCGUCACUGUGACUCCUAUGUCGGGUUUGCCGGCUCGUAUCCUGAACAGCUCUAUGCCGGCUUCUGUCAUGGACAGCAUGGAAGCAGCCUUCACCUCGCGCGGCCCGCGUGGCUCGCGUGGCAACGGCAAAGGAAAGAAGGCACAGAAGAGGCUUGCAAGACGUGGUCCCAAGCCGCUGAACAAGUCUGUGAAGGCUCCGACUCUUCCCAAGACUGGCAAAGGAUCGAACCCUCCCAAGACUGACCCAGACUCGAAUCUCAUUCCUUUGACCAAGAGUCGCUUGGCUCCUCUUGUGAUAAAGCCGGCGGUUGUUGAGGAUCCCCUGGCUCGCCUGAGGAACAUGCAACGGGAGCUUGGAGGAAUGGCUACCGACUCGUCCUAUCACGCGCUUUUGACUCGUAUGUGUUGUGUUCUGAAAGCCAAUAUGCCAGAGAUUCGUUAUGAGAAGAAUCCGGAUGAUUCUUCGCCAACCGGUUGGAUGAUCCGCGCCUGGUUUGAUCUCAAGGAUCCAUACCUGAGCCGCGCCAGUCCAAUCAUGUUGGCAACAACCCCCAAGAUGGAUGAGAAGGUUGCAAACUCUCUCGGUGUCAAGAAAUUAAUGCUUUAUCUUCUCCGUAUGACCCAGGAGGACGUUGGUCUCACCUCGUUGGAACCAGGUUACGCCAGGGACUUUCCGUUUUUGAAGGCGUUGGAAGUGGAGAUUGAGCAACGUCUGAUGAAAGAUGCCGUGAAAUUGUCCAAGUAA